CCAAAACCAAGAUGGCGGAUUAAUAUGGCAGCGAAUGUUAAUGUUAGUGAGUGUGUUGGCAGUGGUUGCAGAUCAGAAGAGAAAUGGCAUCAGUUGAUGAGGAAAACAUUGAAAAUCAAGCGAGGAGUGAGCCCUGUGGUGGACUGAGAAAAGAGCUGAAGGAAUGUCUCUUAGCAAGUGACUGUGUGAAAUUGGUAGGUUGAGAAAAGUAAGAGGGCUUGCAAACUUAGAACUUUAAUCUUUAAGUGAUGGUUCAGAUAAGAAGGAAACGACCAAAACGCAGUGAACACGUCGGAAUGCAAAAAGGUGCUAACUUUACUAUUGUCUCUACUAAGGUUCUGAUUGGUUUAAACAUCAAAUUUUACGAAAUCUUCGCAAAGCAGCAUGUAUAUUAAUCUCUUUUUUUCUAUCCAACUUCCUUUUAACAAAUCUCGGCUGAGUCUAAGUAACACAGAAAUCGUAUGUGCGGAUCAUGUAAAAUUGUGGACAUUUCUUGGUCAUUGUUUGCAACUCUUGUGAUUGUUCGAAAUGUUUUAACACAAAAAUAUACCCUUUAAAAGUGGAGUUUAAAUACAUUUUCUCUCGUAAACAGCCUUUUUGUAUAUUUAUGCAUUCUCUGCCUAAAAAUGAAAACAUUUCUGUGUGAGGAAAGCGUAUUGCGCCACAACAAAAGAAAUUGCUUCCCUUCAAUACCUGGAUCAUUACUUAAUAACUAAUAAGCUUGUUACAUAUUGAAGAUGCAGCUGUUUAUUGAUGUGCACAGCCAACAUAAAGUGAUACAUAAUUAUGAAACUAUAACUACUCAUGCUAAACAAUAAACGAACUAAUACUAUCGCUAAAAUUUUUGUGAGAAAUGUUUGUAAACAGGACGCCCUUUAGAGCGGCGUUCAGUCUCGCUUGCUUGGAGAUUAGAUCGAGAAAUGAGGAGGUGAUUAAUUCUACACAAAACAGGAUUGAAUGUUUUACUUCCAACUUUAUCGUCGUCAAUUAUUUGUUUCUGAAUUGAUUUAGUGACAACCAUAAAUACGUCUGUGGUUGUAAGCUAUACGUGUGUAUAAAUACACGAAAAUUCAAGGGCCUCGAUUCCAAAGAAAUUACAUCAUUGCCAGAGAUCAAAGAAGUGAUUUACAUGGCACGUCAUUUCAAUCAUUGCCAAAAAUAAACAGCAUGCUCAUCACAAGACCAUUUGCAUACAGUGAAAGUUUACAACACCUGAUCAUCGCAGUUUUGCUAAUUAAGAUUCUUAUUUUUUUUUCGACCACUCAGUAGUGUUUACUUUUUGUCAAAAGAGAUUAUGUCAAAAAUGCCUUUCUUACUGUUAUACAGAAAUCACUAUUUUUGUCUCUACUUAUUACAUAGAAUGAUAGGGUUGAUGAGGAGCCCUCGGGGUGGAGGGGGAAAAUAAACCAGAGGUAUACUUGGGGACAGGGUUACUGGUAGAAUUAGCCGUGCAUGAUCCUGCCAUGAAUUUCAGCUGAGAAAGAAUUUUAAAUUCUCGGAAACAGAUAUUUUUUUACUGCAGUUUGACCAAAUUUAUAUUUUCCACAUUUUUAGUGAUUACUGAUACAUAUGCAAAUUAUCUGUAUCACAGGAGUGCUUUUCAGCAGCAUUAGUAGAUCAAGGGAUUUCUCAAUUUAACAGUUACUAGUUUUCCAGUCGGUUAUUAUUUACAGCUGUUUCAGAUAGCACACGACCUGUGAUGACAAAAAUGUCUUUGGAUUUUGGGUUUUUCUGUGACAUCAAUCAAAAUCUGAAGAAUCUUCUCGCCUUCACAUCUUAGCAGUCCUCUAAUUUAGGAAACAAAAGGUGAUGGUUUUUGAUUUGUGAUGGUUUGAUUUCGAUUCGUUUUGUGUGUUUCUAGGUUUGUUGCGUUUGGUGGUGUGUUUUUGAAAAGCACAGUAUGUUUUACCUCAGCUCUAAUUUUUUUUAUCCUCUUUAUACUGAAACAUGGCAAGUUUAAAUAUUUCAAAUCCAGAAGAAACACAGAUAUGGGAGGGUGAAAACAAAUUGGUACGUCCCUGCCAACAUUUACUUUUGCAGCUUCUGCUCAUUUAUAUUGCCGCCUGUAUUUGAUGAAAACAGUGGAUGCUAUGGUAAUGGAUCUUUGAUUGACGUCGCAGAAAAACCCAAAAUCUUAAAAUGUUUUUGACAAUGCAGGUUGCCCAUUAUCCAAAAAAAAAGUGGUGACAAAGUUGGUGAUCAAUGUAAUGCCGGUGGGGGGGAGGCAGGGCAUAGGGGGGAUUUGACUUUUUUCAAAAAUUUGCAAUCAAAUCCCUGCCCACGGGCAAAUCAUUCCAGUCAAAUGCAACCAAAUUUCCCCACCCCAGAAUGCACACUGCUGUCAAUCCCAAGGCAGAACCUAAGAAAGGCACAACAAAAAAUCUCCAAAUAAAACUCUGCAAUCUUUUGAGAUGCUGCAUCACCAAAGAUACAUGUCCCUGUUACAGCUGCAAUUUUUCUAAUAGUAGAAUACAUAAACCUUUCAGAGGAAGUCCACAUUUUGUAAGUCUACGUGGUUCUUAGUAAAGGGUAAAAGAAAGUCAGUUUUAUAAGUUUACAGUGAGAACACACUAAUCAAAAAAAUCGACUUGGUUUCUCUUUAUUGUUUUUUACCACAGUAGAGAGGAAAAAAAGAACAAAUGUCAAAUGCCCUACUCCAGGGACAACAAAGACAAUCAAAUCCCCACCCCAUGCCCUGCCUCCCCCGCCGGCAUUUUUUGUGUCAUUUUUCCAGGUAUUAAUCUAAGAUGGUCAAAGACUUAAGUUUUUGUACAUUUCAUUCUUUGAUGUUUCAGUAAUUAAAUGCACAAUAGCAUUUGACAUUUCAUUCUUUGAUGUUUCUUAAAUGCACUGUUAAUACAGCAUGGGCUGAAACCAAGUAGUUGUUUAGAUGCAAAUGCGGCAGGUGUUGAUGAAGAAUGUAGAAAAGUCCAGUAUGCCUUUUUUGAAUGCAAAAGAUCACUGGUAAGUUACACCUCUCAUACAAUAUCAUAGUUUAGUUUAUCAGUGUUUUAUAGAAAUUUUUUCUGACAAGAUAAGAAGGGGACACUCAAUUUUUGUUUUAACCCUUGCUUUUAAUGAUAUCCAAAUACAAUCAAGGCUAAUCUCCAUACACUUCCUUAAAAAAUUAGUUGAGAGAAUUUGCUUAAAAAUCAAAGCAUUUUCCUCUAGGUGAUCAUUCUGUUUCUUCUCAUAACCUGCUCUAUUGACUAUGUACUGAAAUUGUUCGGAGAAAAUUGAUGUUGAUUCACUCCCAAGACCCUCAAAAUAAAGAAAGAGUGUAAGUUUCUCAAAGGAGCUACAUGUGAACUAAAAUUUGGAGGACUCGAUCUUACUUUAUUUAACUUAUCUUAAUUUAUUGAACUUUAGAAUUGAUCUUCUUUAUUAGUCCAAGAAGAUGAAAUCUCUUGUCAUGUAAGGCAUUAUCCUUGUGAAUCCGGAACUUUUUGAAACCGCAUAUUUAUUUUCCAGAAUCGGCGUCCAUCUGCAUGAAACCUGUGAAUCUGCUCAUCAAAACUGCAUCUUUUCUGUCUCUUUGAAACUGCUCUCCAGAGUCGUUAAAGACUCCGUUCAUAGGUGUGCAGGUUAAAAAAAAUGAUUUAAAAAAUGUCCGGAUUCGUGUGGACCUGGCCUUAUUCUCUUCUAAAAGGAGUGAGUUGAGUACUGCACGCGAGCGAGUGAGCGAGCGACAAAUCCGUGGAAAAGGUGUCCAAAUACCAACCAAGACACAUACAGGAUUGGGACUAUGACAGCCUUUAUUACAACAUGUAAAUAGGUAAUCACUCAAUAUAGGUACAAUAUUAAAAUGAAACAGGUAAUAAAACUAGUUACACUCGUAUGGAACAAACAAAGGUCUACAUAAUUUGCACAAACAGAAGACUAUCCGACAUAAAAGCUCCAUAAAGGAAAUGAGCAUACAACCAAAACUACCCAGGGAGGGUAGGGUGGGAAAACUAGUAAACGAUGUUACUUACGACUGUUGCUAGCCGGCAAGUGAGUCUAUAAGAUGCUGAGCCCUGAAUUUAUACAAUUGUACUUUUACUUGUACUUUUACAGUCAUUGAGUAUAAAAACUGAUCGUAAAAACACUGGAUAUUUCGUGAGUAAAAUAACGUGCUAUGCCAGACGGAAUAGUACUCAAUAAUCUAUGUAAAACUUGUACUAAGGCUGUCUUAGUCCCAUUACCCCCAUGUUUGAUAUUUAGAACAGCAUCACAAACCUGAUGCCAACCGAAAAGAGUUAGGGUAGAAAGGGAAAAAGAAGGUGCAUUGGGGAGAGAUGAAAAGAGCGAAUGGUAGGGCUUUAUGCAAAUUCACCGGUUCUUACAGCAGGCACUCCCUCUCCUAUUCCUUUUCGCGUUUUUCUGUGUCCCAUCCUCUUUUUGCUCCUAGCUGGCGUAGCCUGUGGGAGCAAGAAAGAACGGGUGCGCGAGAGGCGCGCGAGAGGCGCGCCCGUUCUUUCUUGCACCGACUACGGUGACUCCUUCCGUGUAUCGCUCGCGCGUGACUUCUGGCGAGAAGCCCUAAUGGUGAGCCUCUCGCAGGCUUAACUAUCUAGUGGAAUAAUCCAUUUAAUAUUAAGACCUUUUUGUUCAUUUUUGGCAGCUGGAUUUUCGCACACGUUUCAGGGGAAGAAAAGGAUACUAAGAAGAAAAAGUGUUACGUAGAAAUUGAUGUCAUGUUUAUCACCUGGGUGCGGAGAAAGGAAAAUUUUCUAACUUGUACAUGUAUAAUUAUUUUUUAGUUGUAACCUAAUUUGCAAAGGCUGUGUCUCGUCACUCUAAGGAGAAUUAAUGAAAAAAUGAGCAAGAAAGUUGGAACAAUGCUAGUUACCUUGAGUGACAGAGGCCAAUAGGUAAAGUUGAAUAAAUCUAUUUUACGUGGAAAUGUGUUCGGCCGCACGUAGGCAGUUUUGUGCAGGAUGGUUCUGUAGAUGUGAAUGGUUACUUGGCUUAGAUUAACUUUAACGCGAUCAAAUUGGAUAAAACACAUCACGUACAGUUUUAGUCCACCAAAUGGUACAUGGAAAGAGGUUCGUUCAACUACUAACUAUGGUUCGUCCUUUCGUUCGUCCAGUUUUGGCUUUCCGACUGAAACAAAAUGCCAGAAAUUCAGUUGCGAGCAUUUAGCUAGGGCAACAACUUGCAAUAUUUACGAAAAAUAAAAACGUGGAAGGAUGUUUUCUUUUCUCAUGACUAACGCUAGGUGUCCUCUAGUUUACGAGACAGUUGACACAUGUAACCAAGGGUAACGCAGUUUUGAUCAAAACAGAGUGUUUUUUACGGUGAAAAGAGUUUUUUAAAAGCGUAUAGUGAGACUUCUUAUUCUGUUGGAAGGAAAACAAACCUUUUAUCAUUGUAAUUAGGUCAAAUCAAGCCACCUUCCGACUAAAUCGACAAGCCAUGCAUUUUCCUUAUUAAGUCAAAUGAGCUUUCAGGGCUUCCUAAAAAGACCCCGUUGUACGCAUUUUUAAAUUCGACUAAGAGCGAAAAUUUUUUAGUUAAAAUUGGUCUUUUUUGUGAUAUAUUAAUAUUUGUCUAAU